UCAAAAAAUUUUAGUCAUAAAUAAAAUUAGUAAUUUUUAAAAUGUUGUCAUUAAAACUUUACACGUUAAGUUUUGCAUUAAUAACUGUGAUAUUGUACACAACAGCAAAGAAGAGUUUACUGAACAAAGAUGUUCAGUUAGAUAAGUUAUUAAUAUAUUCGGGAUGGAAAAACUUAAACGAGGUAAAGUGUAUAACAUAUUACUCAAAAGCUCAUUAUCUGGAAAAUUUGAUUACAACACCAACACCUUACAAAAAAUCUGAUCAAAAAGUACGAUAUUUGACUAUUUAUCUCGGAUGUACAUACGCAAAAGUUAUGAAAAAUGUUAUUUUAAUUGUUAAAAAGUUAAUACAAAUUUGUAAAGAAAAAAUUGAAAAAGGAAAUGACUUUAUAAAUGGACGUAUUUGCACCGAUGAACUCGUAAACAUAAUAUACUUAUUUAUUGUUCCAUUGGCAACAUUGAUGGUAAACGCUAUGGACACUUUGGAUUCAUUACAUAACAACCCUAUGUCUCUACAGAAAUAUUCCUACAUGAUAAGGCCUCGAUUAAAAAAAAUUGAAAAUAUUUUUGACUAUUUAAACGAACAAACUGUAUCGCAUAAUAAUAUUUUGACCUACUUGAGGACAUUAAAUACUAUAAAUGAUUUUUUUCAAAAAAUAAAUUUAGGGUUAAAUUAUGACACUGAAUACUAUUGUGAAUUUGUAAAUUCUAAUACGGAUUCUUUAUGGAAGCAAUGGAAAAUAGAAUAUAAAGCUAUUAUUGACCAAAAUAUAAAAUUAGUCUUUUAUAAAUACUUAGCGAGUAAAAUUAAGGAUUAUAUUAAUACUGUCAUUAUAGAAAAUUAUUUUCAACUGGGAUUUAAAUUUGAUCCAAUUACAGAAGAAACGUUUCUACCAUUAGAAAAUGAACCACUUGAACUAGAAUUAGAAUUUAAAGCAGUUGGUGAUAUGCAUUCAAUACCAAUACAAAUAGAAACUCAUCAAAUGUUCUAAUAAAAUAAAAAAUUUUUUUAUUAAUGUUUUAUAAUUAAUUACAAUUCACAUAAUAAAUUUGUAAAUCUUUAAAUAAUCAUUAAAAUAUAAUAAUAUGAUUCUAUUUUUAAUAAAAAAAAAUAAUAAUGUUAUAAUCAUUGGAGGAUAAUCUAAAAUAUAAUCUGGACACUGGAGAUAAUAAAAUUAUAUUGUUGACAUUUUUAUGGACGACUUAAAAUUACCUGUUUAACAGAAAUACAUGUUGUAUUAAUAAUACAGAAUAUAAAACGGUUUAUCUUAAUAAAAAAUAUUU